AUGCCGAAGAAGGAUUCCAACACAGGUGGUCGGGGAAAACAACAGGUGAAGGGAAAGGUUGAGAAACCGGCUAAAGAUGUUUCUAAUGACAUCGCGAAUGACGACCAUGAAGCAGAAGAUGAUGUUGAUCAACCAACUGAAAGUGUUACGGAGCACCCAACUAGCGAUGACCACGAUGCCGAAGGAGAGGUUGACCAAGCAACUAAGCACGUCCCUGAUGAACCAGAAGACGAGGGCUGCGAUGUCAAACGCGAUGUUCAACCACCAACUGAAGACGUCACUGAACCGCCCAAAAACGUUACUGAUCAUGCUGAAGAGGCAAUAGACAAGCCCGAAGCGUCGGACGUGUCUGGCCUAAAGAAACUGGCCGGUCUUGUCCCAAACAAGGUAGGAAAUGUAAUGGGUCCUGAUGACAUACCUAUUGCGCGAUUGGUUGAGGGGAAUCCCAAAGAGCUGGCGGGUAAAAAGAUUGACGAGAAGGGACGUAUCUGGAAUGAUUCAGGGAAGCCCAUCGGUCGAGUUGAGAUGAUACCCGAGGACGAACGGGAAACAAAGGCAGAGGGCCCAUUUGCCGGACUUGGAGGAUUGUCGGUCGUCGAUGGGGGUAUGGUCGAAGAUAAAAAUGGCAAUGUCGUUGGCAAGGUUGUUGAUGGCGACGCAAAAAAACUAUUGGGCCAAAAGGUGGACGAAGAUGGGGAUAUAACAGAUAAAUAUGGGAAUGUAAAGGGACAUGUGGAGCCUUAUGAACCACCCGAGGAAGAGCAAGUUGAGGAAGAUUUGUCUGCAUUGGCGGGUAAAACAGUCAACAAGGCGGGUAACGUUGUAGACCAGUCUGGAGUCGUUAUCGGCCGUGUUGUUUCCGGUGAUCCCAAGAAGCUUGCUGGGAAGAAGGUCGAUGAGAAAGGCCAGAUCUGGGGAGAUUCGGGAAAGGUCAUCAGCAAAGUUGAAUUGAUCCCUGAGGGAGAACGGGAGAAGCCUGAGGGGCCAUUCUCAGGAUUCGGCAGCCUCACAGUUGCUAAGGAUGGUGUUGUUCAUGACGGCUCGGGAGAGAUAGUUGGGCGCGUCAUUGAAGGGGAUACGAACAAACUUAGGGGUCGAAAUGUCGACGAGGAUGGCGAUGUCAUCGAUAGGGCUGGAAAUGUCCUUGGAAAAGCCGAGCGCUGGGAGCCAGAGGAAAAGAUAUUGGAUAUUAACCCAAUGUCUGGUCGCAAGAUUAAUAAAGAGGGUGAAGUGCGUGAUGCAGAUGGCAAUCUGAUUGGGAAAUUGACAGAAGGGAACUUAAAAAACCUCAUUGGGAAGUCUAUAGACGAUAAUGGAUAUGUUGUCGACAAUGCGGGGAACAAAAUUGGAGAGUGUACUUUAUUGGAAAACAUUCCUGACGAAGUUCCCGAACCCGAGCCCGAAAUUCCCCAAGAGCAGCUCGACGCUGAGAAGCAAGAGAAAGAAGACAAGGAGCUGGCUAAGAAAAUGUGUGCCAUCGUACAACAGACCCUCGACAAGGUCGGGAGCGUUUGUAAGAUGAUCAAAGAGUACACUGAAACGGCAGACAGAACACCCAAGGAGGAACUUGACGAGGAAGAUCUCGUGCAAAAAGUCAAGCCUUUGAUCGAGGAAGGAAGCGGUUAUUUGCAAGAAUGCAACGGAGCUCUUCGUGCACUCGAUCCAGACGGACAGAUGGCUGCCAAAGCGAAAUCGAAGGCUGCGUGGCGUGAAGCAUCUCCAGAAGAGCAUCAGCUGGCGGAACUCCUCAAGGAACUCACGUCGACUGUUGUCACAACUAUUGACAAUGCGAAGAAGAGAAUUGCCGGUAUGCCCCAUGCUAAAAAGAAGCUCAACCCACUCUGGUGCCUGCUGAGUGAACCUCUCUUCCAAAUCGUUGCAGCAGUUGGUCUCCUCCUCAGUGGCAUCCUUGGUUUGGUGGGCAAGCUACUUAAUGGUCUUGGGCUAGGCGGAUUGGUGAACGGACUUCUUGGGGGGUUGGGAAUCGACAAGCUCCUUUCGGGGCUGGGUCUCGGGGGUCUCACAGACGCUUUGAAUCUUGGUGGUGAUAAGAAGAAAUAA